AACAUAUUGAGACGCGAAUUUCCCGAAGAAAAAUAUAUUCAAUUUCUAUUAUCAACACCUUUUAUCAUAACUACCCUACACCGUUACCAUGCAGCUGUCCCAGAUUACCGUCUUUGGUCUCUUCAGCCUCGCCGCUGCCAGGCCCCAUGCCCACCACAAGCGGACGGCAGCUGAGAUCGAGUCCAGCAUUGCAUCCAUCUCCACGGAGCUGACGACCUUCGACAAUGACAUCAACGCUUUCACCGGCAGCCUCCUCCAGGCCCUCGCCCUACUCACGGCUUACGACAGCCUCGACUCGGCCGUCACCUCCGCCACCUCUGACAUCACCUCCACUGGCGCUCUAGAUGAGUCGGACUCCGCUACCAUCUACGCAGAUGUCAGCAGCCUGACUACCCAGAUCACCACCACCCUCAGUGAUGCUGUCGCCAAGUACUCUGUGGUUGAGUCGGCUGGAUAUGCCUCUGAUGUCUGCGAUGCCCUCUCGAGCCUCUACACCGACUCCGAUGCGUUCUUCGAAGCCCUUGAGACUGAGAUCUACUCUACCUACACUUCUGAGGUCGACACUCUGCAGGCCACUUCAGACGCUGCUUUCGAGACCACCGUCUCGACCUACGGCUGCUAAAUUUGCAACCAUGUGAAAAGAAAAAGCUUCAUCUUGAUGUUUCAUGAGAUACCAGGGUGCAAACACGAAGAAGGUUCACGUGCUUAGUAUAUAUUCUUGAUCGUAUAGUACAAAGAAGAAAAAUUAAAGUUUGAUGACUUCUCGCUUC